GCACGAUUGCUUCCCACCAAAUUCUCGAGUAACAAAAUUAAACAAAUUAGAAUCUUCGACGCUUCGUAACCUUUCCUACUAUCUCCGAAUGGCGCGUACCAAGCAGACUGCACGGAAGUCGACUGGAGGAAAGGCUCCAAGGAAGCAGCUAGCGACUAAGGCGGCUCGGAAGUCGGCUCCGGCCACAGGAGGAGUCAAGAAGCCACAUAGGUUUAGGCCCGGAACGGUGGCUCUGAGAGAGAUCAGGAAGUACCAGAAGAGCACCGAAUUGCUGAUCCGAAAGCUCCCGUUCCAGAGGCUGGUUAGAGAGAUCGCUCAGGACUUCAAGACCGAUCUGCGCUUCCAGAGCAGCGCCGUUGCAGCUCUACAGGAGGCGGCCGAGGCCUACCUUGUGGGACUGUUCGAGGAUACCAAUCUGUGCGCAAUUCACGCCAAGAGGGUCACCAUCAUGCCCAAGGAUAUCCAGCUUGCUCGUAGGAUUAGGGGCGAGAGGGCUUAAUUCGGGAUUGAUAAUUGUUCGGCUUAUAAUUAGCGGGGAAAAGAAGCUUUAGCAGUAGAUCUGGUUUUCCAGCGUUGUCUUUCUUAUCCAAGUUUAUUAUCUCUAGAUCAAUGUAAUUAUAUGUAAUCCAUUUCCUCCUUGACCAUCUAUCUACGGAUAUGUGUAACUGGUUUGGAUUCGAAUCUCUGGAAAUCGAAUGUUAUUUUUGUUUUUAUA